AUGCCUUCAGCCUGGCAAAUAGCAGAUGGAGAAGCUCAAGACUGGCAGUCCAUUGCGGCCAUCGAGAAUCUACAUCUCGUCCACGACAUACCCAAACCCGUACCAGGCCCCGGAGAAGUACUCCUGAAUAUCAAAGCCGUUGCGCUCAAUGCCAGAGAUAUGAUGGUCGUGGCCCACAAUCCCGUAUAUCCUGCCAUCGCAAUUCCAGAACUGGUACCAUGUGGCGAUGCAGCCGGCGUGAUUGAAGCAGUUGGUCCUGAUAGUAAAUGGAAAGUCGGCGACAAGGUCCUGUUCAACCCUGUCGCUUGGGUAGAUGGGCCAGUCAAGACUUUUGAGGAGUCUGACGGUACAGGCGCUGGAUCCCACCAGGGAACACUCCGAGAGUAUGCCGUAUUUCCCGAUAGUCGUCUUAUUGCGGCACCUUCCCAUCUCUCAUUUGUCGAGAUGGCCAGUCUAGCAGCCGCGGCGGGGACUGCAUCUCAUACGCUGUUUUACAAUCGAAUUCCCUUCAAGAAGGGUGACAUCGUUGUCGCGCAGGGCACCGGGGGCGUCAGUGCCUUUGUCAUUCAGCUUGCAGCCGCCGCGGGCGCAACCGUGAUCGCAACCUCAUCAUCCGACGAAAAGCUCUCAACGGCCCGCUCACUCGGGGCAACCCACCUGAUCAACUACAGAAAAACGCCCGACUGGGGCGCCGAAGUCCUCCGCAUCACCAACGGCCAAGGCGCCGACCACGUCGUGGACGUUGCCGGCGCCGGCACGAUCGAGCAAUCGAUCCUCGCGGCCAAGCACGGCGGCCUCGUCUCGCUCAUCGGAUUUCUGACGGAGAGCAAGAAGACCGAUCUCGUCGCACCGAUCAUCAUUGGUGCGAAGACCAUCUAUGGCGUACUGGGAAUGAGUAAUGUCAUGCUUGAGAAGGUCGUGGAAUUGUAUAACGAGCAUCAGCUGCAUCCGCCGAUUGCCAAGGUGUUUAAGUUCCAGGAGGCGAAGGAUGCUUUUGCCGAGUUGACGAGGUUGAGUGCGGUUGGGAAGAUUGUUGUUGAGGUUGGGGUUUGA